AGAGCCUUCAUUAAGCUAACCUCAGAGGCCCCACCUGUUCAGACAGACACUGUUCUCUGCUUUCAGGCCCCAGAAGGAUAGGAUGCCUUGGCUGCUUCUUCUGAUUCUUGCUGUCUUGGCUCAAAGGGGUGGGGCAUGCAGCAACAGGGAGUGCUGUUACAAGGAGCUGCCCUUCUGGGAAAGAGAUUCAGGCUCAGUGGAAGGUCCAAGGGAACUACUUUGUUACAGGAUCUUCCCAAAGGGCUUUGAGUGUUCUUGGCAAUACAAUGGUGAGCCUACCAAUGUCACCCACUUCCUUCGAUGCUGCCUAGGAAAUGGGGAUUGUUGCUAUUUUGAAGCAGGAACUGACAAGCGAGUCAGGUUUACUGACCAAGCUAAGGUGCCCAUCCUAGAGAAUGUCACAUUCUGGGUGGAGUCCCAGGUUGGAAAUAGGACAGCGGUGUCCCCGAAAAUCACCCUGGCGCUCUUCUUGGCCUUCAAGUUUGACCCUCCAAGUGGAGAGAUGACUGUCUCCAAGCGCUAUGGUCAACUCAUGAUAAAAUGGAAGACUCCUGAAAAGCAAGAAAAUGCAAUAGCUGAGUAUCGAUCCAGGACAUGGAAUGGAACAUGGGAACAGGGAGACUGUGGAGCCCAGACGAUGAUGAAGUCUGAUUUUGAAACCUGCAGUAUCCAGCUAGAAGCAGCUACUGCCUAUGAAAUCCAGCUCCGCCGACACAAAAGAGCCACCCCAACGGGUCAGUGGAGUGACUGGAGCAAGUCCAUUUGCAUUCCUGCUGAAAUUCUCAGCAUUCCAGAGGUGAAUUACACAGUGGGAAAACUUGAUAAUAAUGGGAAGAGGGAGCUGAUCCUUGACUGGGAGCCCAGGCAAGCGAGGCUGCCCCCCAACUGCAGGGAACAAGUGAAUUUCAGCCUUGUUCUACGGAUGCUUUCCUGUCGUUGCAAACGCAAGUCUGAGAAGAAAGUGAAGCUGGAGAAAGUGAUCCAAAUUUCAGGGGCAGAGUAUGAGGCCAUCAUCCGAACCCAGGGAACCAUUGGGCCACCGCUGAACAGGACAUUCCAUAUUCCUGCUGAUCUCGACUCAGGUUUUAUCCAGGAUGCGGAGUUUCUGAACAUCAGCACCUCAGAAGACAGCAUGACAAUUCAGUGGUUCUCCUUAGAAAGAAAGGUCAGGAGGUACUGCCUUGAAUGGCACCCCCAUCCUGCCAAUGGGACAAAGGUCGAGUGUGAUCUGAUGGACUUCCUGAGAGAAAACAAUAAUAGAAAAGUAACAUAUAGCCGUGAUAAAGCUGAUGGAAUCAUGGACCUUGGAAAGUGUUACCAGAUCAAUAUUUAUGCUUCAGACAAACCUCAAAACCCUCAUUCCUGGGUCACUGUCUUUUCGGUGCACCAUUUCAGUGGGAAUGUUUUAAAAGCUGGGCCCAGUUACUUCACAGUGAAAAGAAUAAUAGCCCACAAAGUGACCCUGGAAUGGAAUCCUUCCCCACUCAGCAAGUGCCCAGGAGUAUUGAAGAAAUAUGUCAUCUAUUGCUGGGACGAAACAAACAACAAAACCAUCUUUCAUUACGUGAAUGCUUCUGCUUCGGGGUACACAAUAGGCAACCUGAGUGAGUACACUUUCUACACCAUUCGGAUCCGAGGAGACACAGCAACAACUUCUGGGGUGUGGAGUAAGCCCCUGAGGUUUAAACUAGAUGGUAAAACGGCUCCCCCAUUUCCCUUCCUUCUGCUGUGCGUGGUGACCCUUGCAGUCAUAGUCCUCAUGGCCGUCCCUGUAUAUUUUGUCCUAAAGAGGGUCAAAAGCUUCCUGUGUCCACCUCUACCCAACCCCUCCACCAGCAGUGCAACUAAGAUCCUUGCAGAAGAUAUGAAGCUGGUCAGGCCAUGGAUGGGAUCCUCAGAGACAGUGGAAGAUGUUGACCUAAGGGAGCUGCUGAUUAUCGAGGUCAACUCCCCCAAAGGGGGACCUGAAGUGGGCUCCGAGGUCAGAUUAUUGAGCCUUGAGGAGCCCAAGGGGAUCCCAGACAUCAAAGAGAAACAAACGGGUGAAGAAAAUGAUCCAGCCCUGGACUUGGAGCUUCCUUCUGGCUACAGAAGGCAGAAUCAUGUGGAAGUAGUUGGGGAGGAUGGCCCACAAAACACCAGGCACCUGUGUGGUCAAGAUGGUGGCAAUAGAGAGAAAAUGGCACCACUUCUCAUCUCUCCAGAGGCAGAAGUCCCUGUAAGGAUGUUAACACUUUCUCUUCUUUCACUUCUCAGACCAUCUGAAGCUUCAGGAAACUUGAAUCUUAAGCUACAUGAGGAAUAACCUUGCAUAGAUUGAACUAGAGAUGAUGAACCUGAGAAAAUGGCAACGUCUUCUUAGGAGGUCAGACCCAGAAAGGACCUAGAACAAAGAACAUCAUGGCUAGGAGAGAGCCUAAAACAGAGGAUGUCAGACCUAGAGGGACCUUAGAAGAUAGUGUCAGAGGUGGCAGGGUCUUUAGAACCCAGAACUUAAGGUGAGAAGAGCCCUUAGGACAUAGAAUAUUUGAGUUAGAAGGAUUCUUAGAAGAGAAGAUGUAAUCUUGGUGGAGCCAGUUAAUGUAUCUGAAAUUCCAUGAUUUUUCUACAAUAGCAAUGUUCCGUUAUUAUGUAAUUCUGUAAUAGCUCUGAAAUUCUCUGAUAGUUCAGAUCAU